UGCACAGCCAUGGUCAUUACUUGGGUCAUUUUACCAUCAGCGCGCUUACAGGGAAUAGUUAAGACAUGCAAUUAAGAGCACUGCAAAUUCUUGCAUGGUAUUUUUGGACGGCAUCUUUGCAUUAAUUAACAAUGUUUGUCCAGUUGGUGUUUUAUUUUUUAAACUUCCAGCUUAUGAACAAUUUAUACAAUUGCGUAGAAAUCGAUUUUUGUGAGCUUGUGCAAAUUGACAGUGCACUUAGUCAGAGCAAGGACAUAAUACAGGAAAGCAACAUGGUUUUUAAAAUAAACGCUUUUAAAGAGGUUUUCUAUCUGAACGUUGUACCCGACGCUAGCUUUCUCGCACCUGACGUUGCUUAUGAGAAACAUUCAGCAAAAGUCUCGUCUCUGCGCCCCUGCUUUUAUUCCGGGGAUGUGAACUCGGAUCCUUCCUCCUCCGCUGCUCUCAGUGUGUGUGGAGGAACGCGCGGCGCGUUUUAUUAUAAUGGCAUGGAAUAUGAUUUCGAGCUCAAGGUGAAUGAGACCGUUGAUACAUUUACUUCAAGCGCUGGAAAAACGCAUAUUAUACGCCGCCGGACUCCUCGUAAUGUUACUUCAAGAUGCGGAGUGACAUCUGGAAUGAACCAAGGCGCUUCAGAAUCGCUGCGUGUAAAGACGCACGCAGAAAUACAAACCAAGCCUGCUCUGAAAGGUAGAAACAGAGACAAAAGGUUCGUUUCUCUGCCCAGGUAUGUGGAGGUGUUGAUUGUAGCUGACGAGUCUAUGGCCAGGUUCCAUGGGGACGACCUGAGACAUUACCUUUUGACUCUCAUGUCUGUCGCUGCCAUGUUGUUCCGGCACCCCAGCAUCAUGAACCAGAUCAGCAUUGUAGUAGUGGAUAUGCUGGUGAUUUCUGAGCCUGAGGAAGGACCCAAGAUCUCCAGCAAUGCUGCUCUUACACUGCGAAACUUCUGCACCUGGCAGAGAAGAUUGAACAAGGUGAAUGACGAACACCCUGAGUACUGGGACACUGCCAUUCUGUUCACGAAGCAGGACUUGUGUGGGGCUACUACCUGUGACACUUUGGGUAUGGCUGAUGUUGGAACCAUGUGUGAUCCCAAAAGAAGCUGUUCGGUUAUUGAGGAUGAUGGUCUACCCUCAGCCUUCACCACAGCACAUGAAUUAGGCCAUGUUCUCAAUAUGCCACAUGACAGUGUGAAGGCAUGUGAGAUGUUUGGGAAACUAAAGGACAACCACAUGAUGUCCCCUACCCUCAUCCAGAUUGAUCGUAGCAGUCCCUGGUCCAGGUGCAGUGCAGCUAUUGUGACCAGCUUCCUGGAUGCUGGCCAUGGUGAUUGUCUAUUGGAUAAGCCCCAGAAGCUGUUGGCGCUACCAGAUGGUUCUCCAGGAUCCACCUACAGCCUCAGCCGCCAGUGUGAGCUGACAUUCGGCACUGGGUCCAAGCCUUGCCCUUACAUGCAACCCUGCUCAAAGCUGUGGUGUACAGGAAAGACCAGAGGACAGCUGGUGUGCCAGACUCGCCACUUCCCCUGGGCUGAUGGCACUAGCUGUGGCAACAACAAGAUAUGCUACAGGAGUGCUUGCACUAGUAACAUCACCACCAUUAAACCCAGGGUAGAUGGACAGUGGGCUAAAUGGGGAGCAUAUGGAGCGUGCUCUCGAACAUGUGGAGGAGGAGUUCAGCUGGCAAAAAGGGAGUGCAGCAGCCCUGUUCCAGAAAAUGGGGGCAAAUACUGCCAAGGCCUGCGUGUAAAAUAUCGCUCCUGCAAUCUGGAGCCAUGCAAAUAUUCAGGAAAAAGUUUUCGUGAGGAGCAAUGCGAGUCCUUCAAUAACUUCAGCCUCAACACCACUAGGCUUGGACCUUCUGUGAUGUGGGUCCCUAAAUACUCAGGAGUUUCUAUAAAAGACAGAUGCAAGCUUAUCUGCAGAGCCAGUGGCACUGGAUACUUUUACGUACUUGCGGCAAAGGUUGUGGAUGGAACACUCUGCUCCCCAGAUACUUCAGCAGUCUGUAUUCAAGGAAAAUGCUUUAAAGCCGGUUGUGAUGGAAAGCUGAGCUCAAACUUAAAGUUUGACAGGUGUGGAGUGUGUGGAGGGAAUAACCAGAACUGCCAAAAAUUCUCUGGAGUGUUCACCAAACCUGUACAUGGAUAUAACUUUGUGAUCACUCUACCGGUUGGAGCCUCAAAUAUAGACAUCAGGCAACGUGGCUACCGUGGUUUGGUAAAUGAUGACAACUACUUAGCCAUCAAGAACGUUCAUGGGCAGUAUCUUCUCAAUGGAAAUUAUGUGGUAUCAACCGUUGGCCAACACAUCAUUGUGAAUGGCACUACACUACGCUACAGUGGAACGUCGACAGCUGUGGAGAAGCUACAGGCAGUGAGACCUCUCCAGGAGCACCUGACAGUGGAAGUGCUAUCUGUGGGGAAAAUGACACCUCCCCGUGUGCGCUAUUCAUACUACCGGACCAAGGUAAAGGAGGGGAAGCUUCUGAAGAAGGAGGGCAGAAAGCAUGCACAGAACAGCAUUCUGGCAGACACAAAAAAAGCCCAACUAAAUAAGCAAGCUUAUCAGAAAUCUUCCAGUAAAUGGGUUACCAGUGAUUGGAAAGAAUGUUCUGUAAGCUGUGGCAAUGGCUUUCAGCAAAGACUUGUCCAAUGUCUGGACUUAACUGAAAAAGAAAGUGCAUAUUGUGACAACACCCAAAGACCUAGUUCUCAGAGGUUGUGUGGUGACCCUUGCCCUAUGUGGAGUAUUGGUGAGUGGUCUGCUUGCUCAAAAAGCUGUGGGAAAGGUUUCAAGAAAAGGUCUCUACACUGUGUUACUCAAACCGGGCUACUCCUUCCAAGAGACCACUGCUCAAGCAAGAGGAAGCCUCAAGAACUGGAUUUCUGCACUGUUUAAACCUGCUAGAGUUUUGUUAAGACUUGCUAGAACUCUUUGAGGCAUUGUGGACACUGGUGGUCUCUCGAACUGUUCAUGUCUAUCUACACAUACUUUUAUGUUUAUUUACAUUUGCUGUCACUUGUGUCUCCCAUGGUAACUCACCUGUGUACGAUGAUUCAACAGACCGCAGACAAAUGAAUGAAAGGCUAAGGUAAAAAUUGUAUUUUUGUGAUGAUUUGAAGUUACACAUAACCUACCUCAAAAAGACACUGACCAAUAUUAUAAGAUCAUUAUGUCUUGUAGUAUCAGGUCGUUAUGUUUUAUGGUCAUGACAUUCUUCCGUA